AUGUAUGCCCUUGUACUCUUGGAUAAUAGGGCUAUUAACAACAUAACUACUCAAUUGAAUUCCAUUCAAACUCUGACUAGUAGCAACUACAAGAAGUGGAAACAGGAUGUUGAAAUAGUGUUAGGUCUAAUGGACCUGGACUUUGCAUUGACUGAACAUAAACCUGCUGAACCUAUAACUACUAGCACUGCUGAUGAAAAGGCUAAGUAUGAGAAAUGGAUGAAGGCUAACAAAUUGAGCCUUAUGAUCAUGAAAAGAUCCAUUUCUGAUCACAUAAAGGUUGCAAUUAAGGAUAAUGGAGAUGCAAAAGAUUUUCUGAGUGCCAUUGGACAGAAAUUCCUAGAAUCUGAUAAAGCUGAGAUAGGUAGCCUGAUUGAUUCUAUGUCCACCAUAAAGUAUGACAUUGUAGGUAGUGUCUGUGAUCAUAUUAUGAAAUUGGUUAAUAUUGCUACCAAACUGAAUAAUUUAGGCGUAACCAUUACCGAUAAUUUUCUUGUUCACCAAUCUCUAAGGUCCCUUCCUGAGCAGUUUAACGAACUUAUGACAACCUAUAAUGCACAAAAAGAUAAGUGGAGUGUUGAUGAGCUAAUUACUGUUUAUGUGGUAAAGGAAGGGAGGAUUCAAAAGGAGAAAGUUGAGGGUGUAGUGAACUUUAAAAGGUGGACCCAAAUUUCACAAAAGGAAACAUGGUCAGUCUCAUCAUCCGAGUGGUAA